GCUCCUAGCUGCUGUAAGUGUUGACAAAUGAUGUGUCUGUGUGGGAUUGAUUGCCUUAUAGUGGAGAGGUAUCUGGUGAAUUGCCUAAUUAGAGAUCAUUUAUUGGCGCCUUAGUAAGGACAGGAGGGCUGGCCAUUUACACCUCCCUGGUAUGACUGUCCGAAUUGGACAUUUAUAAUUCACUGACCAGCAAUGAAUGGAAUUUAUGUGAUGAUGGAUUUAGAUAAUGUGUAUUGUGUACAGGUCUAUCUGUACAUUUUUGUGGUAUUUUGAAAAAUGCCCCUGGACAUGCUUGAGAUCUUAUUUACUUAUGAAGCGUUGAGAUGAAGGUGCUGUAUUAGGAUGGAUAUAUUAAUCACACACUUGCAUAGACAAUGCAGAGCUAUGGAAGGCAGAGGACUGAUCAAUGAAUGCAUAUGACAGCAAUGCAUGUCCACAGUGGCGACAUUAUUGACUAAAAAAGGUAACUGUACAAUUUAAUUUUCCCUGGAGGAUAGACAAAGAAGAUGGGAGCCAUCAAUAGUUGCUGCAUCCCUAGGCACCUGGACUCUGAUAAUUCGAGCACUAAAAGAAUAAAGGGGCAUAAGCGGAACUUGAGUGCCGCAUUUAACAUGUCCGCAGUGCUGGAAGGUGACCUAGGCCAAAAUCUGUUGAAUAUUAAUUAUGCCACAGCAGAAGAAUUAAUGACCUUGCCAGGCAUCAACAGAAGCACAGCGCAAGAGAUCAUUGAGUAUCGGAGGAAAAUUGGCGGAUUUAAGAAAAUCGAGGAUGUGGCUUUAGUUUCGGGUGUUGGCGCUGUGAAAUUGAGUUUAAUUCGGGAUGAGAUUACGCUUUCCAUGAAACGACAGGGUAGUACUGGACCAUCAACAGAAGAAAAUUCUCCGACGGGUAGCCGGUCGGACAUUUCAUUCAAAAGUGAGACGUCUAGAAAAUCAAAUGGAAAAAUCAACUUGAACUCAGCAAAUGUGUUUCAAUUGAUGAAAGUGAAAGGGAUUGGACAAGUUCUUGCAGAAAAUAUAGUAACAUAUCGAGAUAAGAAAGGUCGAUUUAAGACUCUGGAAGAUUUAAUUAAAGUUAAAGGAAUAGGUCCAAAUUUACUCAAUGCAAUACGAAAUCAAUUGUCUCUGGAUGAGACAGAAAGCUCAAACAAUACUCAGCCCAAUGGUUAUGUGCCAGCUGAUGGUGAAAGCAGUGGAAAUACUCCUGUUCCUCCAAAAACCUCAAAUAAUGGUCAUGCUCAUAAUAAUUGUAGAAUAUUAUCAACCUCAACGGAAAAUAUGUUAGACAUAUUAGAACCUAUUAUUAAAUCAGGUUCUAGACCGAAAGUGAUUCCAUUCAAUUUUAAGCACAAGAACCGUUCUGUGGUGAGGUUAGCCUCUUGGAAUGUGGAAAGAUUUGAUGAAGAGAAGGCCAACAACAUUGGAGUCCGUGAGGUCAUCUGUAUGACUAUCCUAGAAAAUGGGUUUGGUAUUGUUGCAUUCCAAGAAUUAGCAGAUGAAAAUGGUCUUCAAAAGAUUUGUGAUGAGCUGAACAGUCCCUCAAUUCCACAUGUCAAGAGAUGGACAGGAAAGAGAGGGGCCUGGAAGUGUGUAGUUUCCAAGGCAACAGGAAGAAUGUACAGGAGUAUGGAAUACAAUGGAUUUCUGUAUGAUACAUCACAAGGAAUAGCCCUUUCUAGUUCUGCUGUUUUAGAGAAGCCAAACAAAUCCACCAAAGAUUUUGUUCGCAGACCUUUCAUCGGAAUAUUCAAGGUGAAGAGGUUUGACUGUGUGAUGGCCAGUGUCCAUCUGAAGGCCACCGGACUAGAUAAUGAAGACUUAGAUCGACUCCAAGCUGAGAUAGACAAGGUGCCUAAGGUUGUCAGUGCAAUAGAGGAACAUUAUCCAGGAGAAAAAGAUAUCAUAUUUUUGGGAGACUUCAACUUAGAACCUGAUCAAACUGAUUUCGAUUGUUUGCGGGAGAGGGGCUACAUGAAUACGAUACCUCUUGGAGCUUUUACAAAUAUCAGCAAUAAAAAUAUGAAAGGCAGCCGUACAUAUGAUCACAUCUGGUUGACAAAGGAAACGAGGAAUGUAGCAUCUGGUAAUUCUGGAGUUGUGAGAGAGGGUUUGACCAAUCCCUUAAUCCCCAAUGGCUGGAGCUGGGGAGGGGUGGUUAGUGACCACUGUCCAGUGUGGGUAGAGCUUUACACAGGCAAAGACUUGGACAAAGCUGACUUAAGCAUCGGAGCAGAGGCCAUCAAAUUCACCCUGGGAACUGAGGGUUGAUGGGAACGACUAUUCAUUUAAUGCUGAGUUUCACAUUGAUAUAAAAAGGACUGUUCACUAUAUCCUGUUAUGUUUGAUACAGUUUAAUUUUGUACUGGCAUACUAUUAAUUCUGCCACACAUUGAAAUUUGGUUCAUACUUGUACAUUUGUAUUGCAGUAUAUAUUUUACAUGGUUUGGUUUAAUUAUUUUCUUUUUUAAUGCUUGGAGAUUGUGUUCCAGUUUUUAGAUAUAAAAAAUACUUUGAAUUACCUUGUUGAGUUAAUCUUAUAUAUAUGAAUGCUUGUUAAUUUUUUUUUUAUAUUAUCAUGCUCUCAAGAUAAAAAAAACGAAACAAAGGUGCAUAUUGUAUUUGGUCUUUCUGUCUUUUUUUCUGUAGUCUUUAAUAUUGCCAAGGUCAUUCAUGAAGGUGGGGUCAAAUUUUUGUCUGUCUGCAACUUGGUCAUAGCUUUUUGAACUAAACAAGAUAGACUUGGCAUGCUUGGUUAGCAAAAAUGUCAAGGUCAUUGCUAUGUGGUUGCUAAGGAUCCUGGACCCAGUUGCAUGACGGUUAGUUAACUUUAACAGAUAGUUAACUUCCCAUUAACUCUUACAUUUACAUAGCAUGAACUAGACGUUAACUAUCAGUUAAACUUAACUCAUCUUCGUGCAACUGGGCCCAGGUCAUUUGUCUAGGUCAUGGUCAAAACUCAUCAUAUUUUAUUGCUGCCAAGCUCUUUGUUGGGGGCAUUGUGUUAACAAGCACAUGUUUGAAAAUAAAUUUGAUGAACAAGAUUUGUGAAAGAAUUGAUAGAGGUAGACAUCUUUGAUAUUGGCAUUUAAUCACAUUAUUUUAAUUGUGUCAUGUUUUAAAAGUUCCUUAUAUUUUGUAAUGUAUUUAUGUAAUGGUCAGUGCUCUUAUCGAGAAAUAGGUUUAUUUCAGAGUUAAACUAUUUCAUUAUUCUGAAAUUUAUUUAUUAAGAGCCAGAACUACAUUGUAUUAAAUGAUUAUAUAACACAUACAUGUAUACAGUUUUAUACUUGCAUUAUGAUUAUCUGAGUAUUUUCUUGUAUGGAUUUCAUAAGAGAAAAUUCAGAGGGGGCACCCAUAAUGCUUUGUUAAAAUGGAUACCAAGCUACAUGUACAUGUCUUGAUGAUGUUUAUGUGUUUUAUUAUCUACCAAAUACGGAGUUAUUUCAACAGGCAAUGCAAUUUGUUGUAUUUUUGAUUAUCUUAAUGAUGAUUUAUAGCAUACAGUACUUUGUAGAACAAUGCAGUGACCUAAUAUCCCAUUUAUGUGCCAAAGUAAUCAGUUCUAAUUAAAAUUUCAUUUUUCAUUUUCAUGUCAUUAUUGAUCUUUGUACUAAAAGAAAAAAAGCUGAUGUAGCCAAUUCAUGAAAUGUAUAUUUAGUCAUGACGAUGUAGCACAAAAAUAUUCUCAACUAAGUUUAGUAACAUUGUUUGUUUAUAGUGCAAUCAAAUGUCUCUCCCGACUAUCAACAUGUGAAACAUGACUUUAUAAAGAUUAAGUGCAUACUCAUGUUGUGAUAUGAACAAUGCGUAGUGCAUGUGCUAUGUUUCCAAAAUAUAUUUAUUCUAUUUUUUUCAUAUGAAAAUACCUUGGUGUGUUGUUUGAAGAGAUAUUUUGCAAUAAUUUUCAGUACAGACUUCAUAUGUGUACAAAAUAUGUAUGUGUUCGUUGGAAAUGAUUUUAAUCAUAUGUGAAUAAAUGCUCAAAAUUUGCAUUAUAUAUUAAACGAUAGUGACUUCCCUUUACAUGUAAUAAUGCCAGCUUUUUUCAUAGCACUCUCUUGCAUGAACAAAAAUUCUCUGAAAUUUGAGUUUGCCUCAAGCAGAUGUUUUAUUUGGUCAUAGAAAAUUUUGAGUAUGUCAUUACUUUGUUGGGUUAGAAAUAUAGUUUUUACAUGCCAUUUAAAUUUUACGAAAAUGACAACUUGCCAGUAUGUAAACCCGUGUUCAGAAAUUCUCUGGUAAUGUUUGUACUCGUUAUGAAGGAUACCAUAUCACGGCCAGUCUGUUGUGAAAGAGUGGAUCAAUUAAUGAAUGUUUAAAUAUGAUAUCAAUAAUAAAUAUUCAAUGAUGAA